CCGAAGUGGAUAUGGCUGCGAACCGGGUCGGGAGGAGAUGUAACAACAAGGUCCAUUCCCCGAGUAGGGGUCCAGGUAGGGACCCGGGGCUUAGCUUGCAGAAGAGGCAAGCACGGGUCACGGUAAAGUACAACAGAAAGGAGCUCCAAAGACGCUUGGAUGUGGAGAAGUGGAUUGACUGUAGUCUGGACGAGCUCUAUCUGGGCAGGGAGGAGGAGAUGCCAGAGGAGGUGAACAUUGACGAGCUGUUAGACCUGAAGAGUGACGAGGAGAGAACGCACAGGCUCCAGGAAAUGUUUCUCACGUGCAAUAACACAGAGGUUUUCAUCAAGGAGCUGGUGUUGAAACUCCACGGGCUGCAGAAACAGGAGGACCUCCACAACAAUGGCAUCGAACAACCCCAGCUACACAUCUUCCCCAACCGGCAAAACUCUGCAGACCGAGAGGUGAUCUGAAGGCCCUGUUAUAUUACCCUUCAACCCCAGAGCCCGACUCCCCAUUCCUCAGCCUGAUGCCACGGACCUCAUCUGAAAAACAUGGGGUCUUGCUGGUCUUUACACUGUGCUCUACACACUGUCAAAUACACAUCAAACAGCUAGCCAGAUCUGACAACUUAUCACAAACUUUGCAGACACCUUAUCUUCUGUCCACACACACACACACAACCACAAUGCACAGGCAGUCCCUGCAACAUUUGUACCUCUACGAUGUCAAAUGAAUUCAGUUUUAUUUUUGUUAACUCCGUGUCCGAAAUGUUUGAAACAUGCUGCUCUCUGUUGGAUCGCUACCGCUACUUGUGUUGUGUGUUUCCUUGAAUUGCUUUUAUUGGAAAACUCAUUAGGGUAUCGACUGUUGGUCAGUGGGUCUUAUGUUGUGAGAUGCACCUCUGAUUCUGUUUAGCUCAUAAACCAGAACCAAAGAGUCCAGCAAUGUACUGUAGAUACCAAUGUCAGUCUGAAGGUAAUAAAGACUCUAUAGAGCUUUCAUAUACCCCAAUGGGUUAGUCAACGGUUCCUCGCUACAAGCAGGUCUACCAUAUUUUCAAACUGCAUCCAGUAACAGAAGAGACAAUAGCUCAUGAGGUCAACUGAAAAAAAAAAUAUAUAUAUUAAAAAGGGGAGAAAUAUUGUUGUGAUAUUCCCAAUGAUUUUAAUGACCAUAUAGAUAAUACUACAAAGGAUAUUUUUUAUGAAGACCAAGCAAUAUGGCUUGGUAGGUUGUCAACUGCCACUCAAAGAUGGUUUAGAUUUGCUAUUAAGGAUAAUUUAAGAUAACAUUUAAGCUGUCAGGAACACCAGGUCAUUUAUUUCUUACCAAAAUGUUUGUAUAUCUGUAGAGGAUUUUCAGUCAGCUGAAGGAUAGAAACCCAACUGCUUUACUGUACUCCUAUGUGCCACCUCAGGUACACAAAUGUUUCCUAAUGUUUAAAAACAUUUUUUUACACGAGUUUCAACACGGUUUGUAAAUGUGUAGA